GACGAAACACACGCGGAAGUUGACAUUUAGCGCCAAAGCUUGAGUUGGGACCUGAAGAAAUCAUGGAUGUUGCUCGCAAAAUAAAGACAAAAGUGUCGGCUGGCUUCAAGAUGAGGGGGCUCAUACUGCGACCUGAAGCCAGCCGGUACCUCGUGGAGGUGCUGGAGUCUGUCAACCACUCCGAACUGGACGACAUUAUUGAACGUGUCCUGGACGCAGUGGAAAAGCAGCCAUUAUCCUCAAAUAUGAUCGAACAGUCUGUGGUGGAAAGUGCUGUGCAGGAUUGCUCCCAGUCCUGCGAUGAAACCAUAGAUAAUGUGUUCAACAUCAUCGGAGCCUUUGACGUGCCCAGAUAUAUUUACAGUGUGGAGAAGAAGAAAUUUGUACCCAUCAGUAUGACCAGCCAUCCCACUCCCAGUCUGUGUGGAUUGGCCAAAGACAAAGCUGAACUCUUCAGGGAGCGCUACACAAUCUUACAACAGCGUGUACAUCGACAUGAACUCUUCACUCCACCUGCUAUAGGAGCUGUUGUUGAUGAGGGCCACAACAAAUUUCAGCUGAAGACCAUUGAAGCAUUACUUGGUAGCACAGCUAAACUCGGAGAGGUGAUUGUUCUUGGGAUGAUCACACAACUGAAAGAGGGCAAAUACUACCUUGAGGACCUGAGUGGAACAGUCCAACUGGACAUGUCCAAAGCUCAGUUUCAUAAUGGCCUGUACACAGAAUCCUGCUUCGUACUGGCAGAAGGUUGGUACGAGGACUCUGUGUUCCACGUCAAUGGCUUCGGGUUCCCACCAACAGAGCCCUCCUCUGCCACAAGGGCAUACUAUGGUAACAUAAACUUCUUUGGUGGGCCGUCCACCACUUCAGUCAAAGCUUCAGCCAAGCUGAAGCAGUUGGAGGAGGAGAACGAGGAUGCCAUGUUUGUUAUUAUCUCUGACGUCUGGCUGGACAGUGUCGAAGUGAUGGAAAAGCUCAACAUCAUGUUCUCAGGAUAUGCAGCGAUGCCUCCGACAUGUUUCAUUUUGUGUGGAAACUUCUCUUCGGCCCCGUAUGGGAAAACACAGAUCAAGUCACUCAAGGAAUCACUGAAGGCUCUUGCAGAUGCUAUAUGUGCAUACCCCAACAUUCACAGCAGUAGUCGCUUUGUGUUCGUUCCCGGUCCUGAGGACCCUGGUCCAGGCACCAUCCUGCCGAGGGCUCCUUUAGCAGACCACAUCACAGAGGAGUUCAGGCAGAGGGUGCCAUUUUCUGUGUUUACAACCAACCCAUGCAGGAUCCAGUACUGCAGCCAGGAGAUUGUGAUUAUCAGGGAAGAUCUGGUCAACAAGAUGUGCAGGAAUUGUGUCCGGUUGCCCAAUAACAACUUUGACAUUCCAAACCAUUUUGUUAAGACCAUCGUGUCCCAGGGUCACUUGACUCCACUCCCACUCUAUGUCAGUCCUGUAUUCUGGGCGUACGACUACUCCCUGCGCAUCUACCCAGUACCUGAUGUCAUUGUCUUCGCAGACAAAUAUGACCCCUUCAGUAUCACCAACACUGGCUGCCUGUGUGUCAACCCGGGCUCAUUCCCAAGAAGUGGGUUCACAUUCAAGGUGUACUACCCGUCCAACAGAACUAUUGAGGACAGCAAACUCCAGGGGCUCUGAAGAAGAUCGUCCAUUAACAUGUAGAUCUUUUUUUAGUUGUUUUGUACAUUGCCUUUGUAUGAUACUGUAUGUUAAAAAUUGAGUGUCAGACCAUUGUAUGUAUCUGUGUCUAUUCACCGUCUUGAAUAAUAAAGCUUUUAUUCCUUGUA